CAACGCCCAUGAUAUGGAAAGUUUAAGUGGGUUGCAUAGAUAUCUUUGGAUUAUAGAUGUUUACAUGUUUGUGAUCGAGAUGUGCACAUUAAAUUCGUUUAGAAAAAUUGUAUAAUCGAAUUCAUGUCUGUAGGGAUUUUGAAUAUCGCUUCCCGCACAAGUAUAAACAGUAUGGACACCUGCAUAUGUUCAUUACUGUCUUCUGCUUCAAGCUGUAAAAGGGAUUGACAGCCGAAACGUGUUAUAAUGGCAUCUGUUAAAGUUCCUGAGCAAAAAGUUAUAUUGUGUGGUGAAUUUGGUGUCGGAAAAAGUUCCUUAUUUCGUCGUUAUGCCACUAAUUCAUUUGUUACUGCUACAGACAGACAGUCAACUUUAGGACUAGAUCAUUAUGAUAAAGAAUAUAAAGUAGGAGGCAAAGAAAUACGGUUGCAGCUAUGGGACACAGGGGGCAUGGAAAGAGUCGCCUCUAUUACAUCCAGUUACUACAAAUUUGCUGAGGCAGCUAUUUUGGUAUUCUCACUUGAUAAUCCAGCAUCUUUCCAUGUACUUUCUCAGCACCUACUGGAUAUUGUGACUUAUGCUGAGAAUGCAAAGAUAUUUCUUUGUGGAAAUAAGGCAGACCUGGAGGGUCAGACACCUCAAGUUAAUGAAAGUGACAUGGAGAACUUUUGCGAACAAUGUCACAAUCUUAUUAGUGCCACGUACAAGACGUCGUGUAAGACGGGCCAAGGUGUAGAGGAGAUGUUUGCAGACAUUGCUCAUCACCUGGUUCAGUCCAACAGAUCACGUCUUGAACUGCAAGCUAUGGAUACAGAAUCUUUCAAGAUCAUGCCACCAGAUGAGGCGACGGAGCCCACCUGCCUCUGCUAACAUAUCCUCUUAGAAUAUCCAGUGCAGAUACUGAACAGUCCAAGCAUAAGGUUGUUUAACAUUUUGCCAUCCAUCUUAUAUGACUUUACUUUGUAAUGUAAUUGUUGUUUUUGUUUGUAAUCACAUGUAUGAAGCUGAAGAAAGAUCUUUUUUGUUAAUUCAUGAAAGUAAAGAAAAACACAUCAGAAGACAGCAGACAGCAUAGGAAUGAUCUGCCGUAACAGAGGCUGGUUUAUACAGGUUGGUCAUAGCCAUUCGGAAAAUUACAUUUUUAAUUCUCAUUUCCAGAAGUUAUGGCACUUGCAGUUUUUAUACUUUUCAUCACAUGAAUAAUUCUCAAAUAACAUUUAUUGGGACAUUUCAAAUUUCCAAUUUUCUAAAUCCAAAGUUCAAAAAAUCCCAUGGUCCCUAAUAAAGAAACUAAUUAAUACUUUUAAAACUGCAGCAGUUUAAUUUAUUAAAAAAUGUAUCGGUAUAUGCACAUUUUGUUUACCUUAAAAACAGUGAAUUUACAAUGUGAGUAGUAGUACAUUUAAGCAUUUAAUUUGGAGGGAAGCUGAAAUUUUCUGUCACCAAAAAUUAUUGCUUUUGCAGCAUCUGAUGGGGCUACAGAGCAGUUCCUCCUGUUAGUCAAAAAGAAUGGACCGUCCAUCAGCCUACUGGCCAGAUCAGGCACAGCAGCACAGUUUGAAUAAAUGUGUUAUUUAAGAAAAACAUAUAGUGAUACCUAAUAUUAAAAAAUGCAGAGAUGAAAGCUUUAUUAAUAUGUAAUCCUGAGGUGACUUUUAACCUUUUGACAUGGUGCAUGUCAAGCUGAUUAAAGCCACUAUAAAUGGUGAUAACAUCAACGAGAUGCAUCAUGUAGCUUAAUCUCAUUUUUUUAUUUAUAUUGUAAUGUCAUAAGGAAGAUCUGAAAACAAAACAAAAACACUUUUCACACUUUAUUUGAGCAGCUUUUUAAUUGCAUUUUGAAGCAUGUUUGAGAGUUGAGAAAAAAUAAUGCAGGACUGAAAUGUUUGCAUUUUGGCACGAGACUGAUAAUUUUAAAGCUGGAGUAUGGUGAUGUAUAUCAAUUCCAGAGAUGUAAACAAGUUAGAAACUGGAGUACUUGCCAGAAUUUGAUCUUUGAUGUCUGUGAAUAGUGCCAGAGUUGUCUGGGGAUUCCCCAUCCAGUCACUUCUGCACACAAAUGCAUGUAGGUCUUCAUGUAAAGUACCCGUUACUGUUGAGUUUUAACCAAAAUUGGAUACAUUUGUAGUAAAACUUCCUAGUUAUCAGAUUUCUUGAGAAUCCUUUAGUUGUUACAUAAAGACAUUGAUAGAAACUGUAGAACUAAUUUGCAUAUAUUGUAAUAUUACUAGAUGUACUUUGUACUAAAUAACAACGAAGAGCAGCUUUCAGAAUGCCUGCAGAUAAUUAAAGAUAAAAAUCGUUUAAAAAUAAAUAUGGUUAUUAAUAUUUGUGCUUCAUGUAUUGUCACUAUAUUAAAGGCUCGACCUAUCUUUUAUCAUUAUACAGUGCAUUUCAUUAAUAAAUACAGUAGUAACUGCCAA